CGCGCGGGCAAUUCGUCACGGAUAUCGCACGUGCAAACGCGCUUUGUUGCUUUUCGUGUGUCUAAUAGCGGCUUCAUGCUCGGUAUUGUGUCAGUUGUUUAACGCCAUUCACCUGCUCGAGUACGAAGUGUGUUUUACUGGAUAAGCUCUACCCAUCACGUUUUCAGUGAAAUAUUCAAGUUUAUCUUAUAGCGUUUAGAGCCGGCAUUUUUUGAUCUCGAGAGCAUCAAACUUUGUAACAGAUAGUGCGGUUUUCGUCAAAAUUAUAAUUUGUGUCUUGUAUUUCCAUAUGAACACAGGUGUCUUACAUAAAGAUAUGAUUGUGAUAAGUUGAACUUUCCAAAAGUUGUUUUUUUAGUUAGUCUUCUGGAGCAAGAAUUCAGUUAUCUGUUAAAAUUGGAAGUUUCUCCGCUUUGAUUUAAGAUUUCGAACUGUGCUCGUUUCACGUUUCCGGUGCUUGAUUGAAUUUAUCCAGAUGCUGAAUCUCAAGAGAACUUUAGCAAAGUUCAGGUGGUUUCAACCAAUCGAUGAACUUCCGGGAAUAACUAUUGACUUGUAGAUAAGAUUACGUAGACCCCUCCAUAAAAUUUCAAAUAUUUUUCAUUUUUGCGUUAUUAGAACACAGAAUGACAAAAGACUAGCCAACUAAAAAAAAUCAAUUUUGAGAGGUCCAAUAAAAUUCGAUCGAUUAAAGUAAUACUCGAAGUAGAAUUAUUUUGAAAAUCUCGCAACGCACCCAAUUAAAACUAGGGGAGCGAGAGAGUAAAAAUCAAAGACAUCUUUGUUAUCAGGGCGACAGUAACCUAACUGUUUCGUGUCUGGAGCUCAGUGAAGUUUGACUGAAGAAUUCCUAAAAUUUAAUUAAAAAUAAAUCCAAUUAAAUUUAAUUAAUCAUAUUAAAUUAAAUUUUAAUGGACGAAGUGAAAAUGAACGGGAAAAGUGUUUUAAGCUCGCCGCAGAGUUUGAGUUCGGUUGUAAGCGCGUCGGAUGCUCACAUCAAGCGGCCAAUGAACGCGUUCAUGGUGUGGUCGCGCGGUCAGCGUCGGAAGAUGGCUCAGGAGAACCCAAAAAUGCACAACUCAGAGAUCUCCAAGCGACUCGGCGCUGAGUGGAAACUCCUCACUGAGAUGGAGAAACGACCGUUCAUCGACGAGGCAAAACGAUUGAGGGCCCUGCACAUGAAGGAGCAUCCAGACUACAAGUACCGGCCGCGACGAAAGCCGAAAACCCUGAGCCCGAAGAAGGACACGAAAUACGACUACAACCUAGAUCUGAGCCGGAGUCUCCUCUCGGCGCCUCCCCCGGCCUUGGGCCCCGAUUCAGACUUCAAAUUCCCGCGCGCCCUUUUCCCCUCGUUCCACUACCCUUCCUUCUACAAGCUGAGCGAGGACGCCCUUCCGGACCUGACCCUGAACAAGAAGUUCGCAGCCGACUGCCUGGCCCUUCAGGCGAUCUACGGCUCGACGCUCUACUCGCAGGCGGCGGCGGCGGUGGCCGCCUGGCCGAACCCGUGCGUCCCGUGCGGGUGCCCCUCCAAGUCCCCUUCACCGCCCCCCGGCGAGGAGAUCAAGCGGCCCAUCCCGCUCCUGGUCAAACCGGAGGAGCGCUUCUCGCCGACGCACGUCAUAUGAAAACCGCUCCCGGUUCUGCCCGAGAGGGGGAACCGCUGGCCUGGACCCGCCCCCACGACGCCCUACUGGUGGCCGCUCAAGCCGCCCUCCCCGGAACCCGCGCCUACCCCCGAGGAGGCGCCCUCGCCGAGGCUGUCGCCCGAAUGAGACUCGGGAAAUCCUCGCGCUCUCUUGGAUCUCCAGUUCACCGCAGCUCCGUUCAGAAGGAUUUAGAGUCAGGGAUAAAAAUGCGGAUAUACUCUUGGACCGCGAGACAGUUUUCACAGGAACGGUGUUAUUUUGAAAAAUUCGUGCUGAUUCUAUAUCACCACCUGUGCACUGGAAAAAAAAUUACAUUGUAUCUAGAAUCCAGACUCUUAAAAACAUCGACAAGAAAAAAUACUCUUGAUUCGAUCAGAUUUAAGCUU